AUGUUGACGCAUUGCCAUGAACUGUUCAAGCCAGUCUCCAUCAUGAUUCUAGUUAACUUGGCUUUGGCUUUUGUCAAUUUGCUUCUGAAGAAGGUUCUUAAUGAAGGAACGGAUUACAUGUCCAUUAUAACUUAUCGACAGGCAAUUUCGUUUAUCUUCAUGGCACCUAUUGCCUUCAUCUAUGAAAGGAAACACAAAGUGGAAGUUCGCAUAAUAUUUCUCCUUUUCCUCAGUGCCCUACUCGGAGUAACAGUUCCACAAAACCUAUUCCUUCUCGGACUUGAAUAUACUUCAGCUACGUUCUCGUGUGCGUUCCUCAACAUGGUGCCUGUAUUUACGUUCAUUAUGGCAGUGCCAUUUGGGAUAGAGAAGGUGAAUGUGCAAAGCAAGGGAGGCAAAGCUAAAGUCAUGGGAACUUUUGUGUGCAUUGGUGGAGCCUUGUUGUUGGUCCUUUAUAAAGGAAUGCCCCUUAUCAAGCCACAAUCUCAAUACAUAGCUGACAAAGUUACAAGUGUACCUUCAACUGCCAAGUUAGAGACGUGGAUUAUAGGUUCCAUAAUUCUGACUGUAAGCUGCCUCCUGUGGUCUUCAUGGUUCAUCAUACAAGCAAAGAUUAGCAAAAAAUAUCCAUGUCAAUACUCUUGCACAGCUAUUUUGUCACUCUUCGCUGCCAUUCAAUCAGCAAUAUUAACUCUGAUCAUCAAGAGAAAUAAUGCUUCGUGGAUUCUCAAAGGAAAGCUAGAAAUAAUAAGUAUUAUAUAUGCUGGAUUGGUAGGGUCGGGCUUGUGCUAUGUGGCAAUGUCAUGGUGUGUCAAACAAAGUGGUCCAGUUUUCACCGCCGCUUUUACCCCCCUUAUACAGAUAUUUGUGGCCAUCCUUGAUUUCUCUGUACUAAAGGAGGAAAUUUAUCUGGGAAGUGUUGCAGGAUCUGCGUUGGUCAUUGCUGGUAUGUAUAUUCUUCUGUGGGGAAAAAGCAAAGAGCAAGGACAAGAUGUUCAGAAGGAUACGCAAACAAAUCAAGAUGUAGAACGUCAAUAGCAAUGUCAUCAAUGACAAUGAAUAACUUGAUGCUAAUGUGUCCUCUAAUCUCCGCGGGACACGAGUUC